AAGGCUCAGUCCCCAGUUGGAGUCGGAGCUGGGGACCAUGCCGUCCCAGGCUCAAGGAUAAAACCCAUCGGGCCCAAGCGCCACCCAUACUCCAUCUCCAGUCUUUCCUCCACAAACUGGGAUCCAUCCUGCUGGAAAGCAGUCUAAGAGCAAGGGAACAGAAAACCAUGCUAUCACAUAGUACCAUGGUGAAGAAGAGAAAAGAGCAAGCGUCAGCCAUCAUGAAGGAAAUCCAUGGAAAUGAUGUAGAUGGCAUGGAUCUGGGCAAAAAGGUCAGCGUCCCCAGAGACAUCAUGUUGGAAGAGCUAUCGCAUCUCAGUAACCGUGGUGCCCGGCUCUUUAAGAUGCGACAGCGAAGAUCUGACAAAUACACAUUUGAAAAUUUCCAGUAUGAAUCGAGAGCACAAAUAAACCACAACCUUGCCAUGCAGAAUGGGAAAAUGGACGGAAGCCACUUGGAAGGUGGUUCACAGCAAGCCCCGUUUACUCCUCCCAACACCCCGGAUCCACGGAGUCCCCCAAAUCCAGAAAACAUUGCACCAGGAUAUUCUGGGCCCCUGAAGGAAAUUCCUCCUGAAAGAUUCAACACCACAGCUGUCCCUAAGUACUACCAGUCACCCUGGGAACAGGCCAUCGGCAGUGAUCCCCAGCUUUUAGAGGCUUUAUACCCUAAACUUUUCAAGCCUGAAGGAAAGGCAGAACUGCCCGAUUACAGAAGCUUUAACAGAGUUGCUACCCCAUUUGGAGGUUUUGAAAAAGCAUCAAAAAUGGUUAAAUUCAAGGUUCCAGAUUUCGAGCUACUACUUCUAACAGAUUCCAGGUUCAUGGCCUUCACCAACCCUCUGUGUGGCAGACGGUCCUUUAAUAGGGCUCCUAAGGGAUGGGUAUCUGACAACAUCCCUGUAGUGAUAACAACUGAACCUGCAGAGGAUCCCACGGUACCAGAAUCGGAAGACCUAUGAAAAGAAAGCUGUAUGUGCCACAAAACCUCUGAACAUAAGUGUUGCUGUUUUAUCAUCCUACUCACUGGCAAAGCCACUCACACUCUCCUUUACUAGCAAUAGCUUAAUGGCAAUCUAGCGAUUUUCCUUUUACGACAUUUAAUUUCAAUCUCAGAUCAAAUACUAAUAAACAACUGAAAAUAUUGUUUUAAAAA